UUCGGGUCGGUUUCUUUCAUGAAUUGGGCUAUCGGGCUCCAUUAGCCCAAGCCAAUUAUGAACCGACCCGGCCCAUCAAUUUUCUCUCCUUUCUCAGCUGCCAUAGCCAUUUUCUGGAAACUCCGAAGUUUCUGAGGAAACAGAGAGAGAAAAAUGAGACCAGUCAAACUUCCCGGGCGGCCGAGCGGUUGGGUCUCUGGCGUGAUCAGACGGGCAGUGAUAAUCGGCAAUGGAUUCUCCGGGGCCGAGAGUCAGUGCCUUGGCUUGGUUCGCGCUCUCGGCCUCUCCUCCCGCUUUUCCCUAUACCGGGCUACUAGGCCAAGUGGAGGUAUCAACAAGUGGCUCCAUUGGCUCCCAGGUUCUAUCCACAGAAGAGUGGACUCUCUAAUAAGGAGUAUCCAUGACGAUUAUUGGAGAUAUGGAGGAAAUGCUAAUGACCAAAUGGGGAUGCCUUCUUCAACUGAAAGAACUGGUAUUUUAUGGGAAAAUUAUAACACUUUCUCUGAUUUAGAAUUGAAGAGGUUUGAUAAUCUAAAUGGUAACGUGGUUGGGCUUGCUGAUGCGAAGCAGAUUGCGACAUUGGCUCGUGAUACAUUUAACAAGGAUGGUCCAUUAUUGGUGGUAGCAUCUGGUCGUGAUACCAUUUCAGUAUCAAGUUCUAUAAAACGAUUAGCUCCAGAUUAUGUUUUUGUUGUUCAGAUACAACAUCCAAGAUCGCGUUUGAAUAGGUUUGAUUUGGUGAUUACUCCUCAUCAUGAUUAUUAUCCAUUGACUCCUCAUGCUCAGGAGCAAGUCCCCUGGUUCCUUCGGAGGUGGAUAACUCCACGUGAACCUCCUGAUAGGCGCGUGGUUCUAACUGUGGGAGCUCUUCCCCAGGCUGAUUCUGCUGCAUUGAGAAGUGCAGCUUCUGUUUGGCAUGAUGAGCUGGCACUGCUUCCAAAGCCCUUGCUUGUUAUCAAUAUUGGAGGGCCUACCGGCAACUGUGAGUAUGGAAUAGAUCUUGCAGAACAGUUAAAGGAUAAGCUGCAGAAAGUUCUAUGGAGUUGUGGAAGUGUUAGAAUAUCUUUUUCUCGAAGAACACCUGAGAAGGUGUCUAAUAUUUUAGUGAAAGAAUUCAGUAAUAACCCUAAGGUCUACAUUUGGGAUGGUAAAGGUCCAAAUCCACAUAUGGGGCAUCUAGCUUGGGCUGAUGCUUUUGUCAUCACAGCAGAUUCUGUGAGUAUGUUGAGUGAGGCUUGUAGCACUGGGAUCCCUGUCUAUGUUAUAGGAGCUGAACGGUGCACGUGGAAGUUUGCUGACUUUCAAAAGAGAUUACAUGAUCGUGGAGUGGUUAGACCAUUCACUGGCGAAGAGGAUAUAUCCAAGGUCUGGAGCUAUCCUCCAUUAAAUGACACUGCAGAGGCCGCUUCGCAGGUAAUUAACGCACUUGCGGAGCGUGGAUGGACAGUACAAGCAGUCGAGGAUGAUGUGUUUUUCAAACUUUAGCACGACCAACUUUAAACAAUGCACCAAUUUGAUACAUCCCUGGCCCCUUGCUCAGAUCAGAUUUUAACAGUCAAAAGCAGUUAAAUUUAAACUGACACGUUCAACUUCUGAAACGUUGUAAAAUCAAUUAUCAACUGAUCUCAUGAUUAUACCAGUUUUGUAGUUGAUAGAACAUGGGGUUUCAAUUUACUGAAGAGUAGCAUGUAACAGUAUCAUAUAUAGAUGCUUUCAAUUACUAUAUUUAGCUCUGUCCUCAA